UCUCAUUUAUGGUAGCCUUGAAGAGAACUUACAAGAAAACACGUUAAUAUACAUUGAGUCUCUCUGAAGAUUCAGCCUUCAAAGCACAAAUACUUCAUCUGGGUUUUGCUCAAAUUCUCACGAAGUUUAAAUCUUGACUACCCUUUUCUUAUCCAAAGUGUCAAUCUUUAACACCAUUUCUUGGAAAAAGUUUCAAAUCUUGAGAUGGGUUGUUUUAGUAGCAAAGAAAAAGCUCCAAGACCAGAUGUUAAUGGUUGUACUUAUAGACCAUCAACAACUGGUUAUUCUAGGCAACAACAACCUCAAUAUCAUCAAAGCCAACAAAAGGCCGUAGCCCCUCAAAUUCAGACACAAAGCCCACCACGAAGACCUCAACAGACACAGCAAAAAACCCCAACAAGGCCAGUUCCAAAGGUUGAUACUAUACUAGGAAAACCUUUUGAAGACAUCAAGCAACUCUAUACACUUAGUAAAGAGUUGGGUAGAGGUCAGUUUGGUAUUACUUAUUUGUGCACAGAGAAUGCUACUGGUCAUAGUUAUGCUUGCAAGUCAAUUUUGCGGAGGAAGUUGGUGAAUAAGAAAGAUAGAGAUGAUAUUAAACGAGAGGUUAAUAUCAUGCAACACUUGUCAGGGCAGCCAAAUACUGUGGAAUUUAGAGGGGUUUAUGAGGAUAGUCAAUCUGUGCAUCUUGUUAUGGAGCUAUGUGCAGGCGGGGAGCUUUUUGAUAGGAUUAUUGCAAAAGGGCAUUAUUCAGAAAGAGAUGCUGCUAAGAUUUUCAGGGAGAUAGUGAAUGUGGUUCAUGCUUGUCAUUUUAUGGGUGUGAUGCAUAGAGAUCUCAAACCUGAGAAUUUCUUGCUGUCUAGUAAAGAUGAGGGUGCUUCUCUGAAGGCAACUGAUUUUGGACUGUCUGUGUUUAUCGAGGAAGGGAAAGUUUACCGUGAUAUAGUUGGUAGUGCGUACUAUGUUGCUCCUGAGGUAUUGCGGCGCAGUUAUGGAAAGGAAAUAGACAUUUGGAGUGCGGGAGUUAUCUUGUACAUUCUACUCAGUGGUGUACCUCCUUUUUGGGCUGAAAAUGAAAGAGGAAUAUUUAAUGCCAUUCUACAAGGUGACAUCGACUUUGAAAGUCAACCAUGGCCUUCGAUAACGAACAGUGCAAAAGACCUGGUCAGGAGGAUGUUGACUCAGGAUCCUAACAAGCGAAUCACUUCUGCACAAGUUCUUGAGCAUCCAUGGAUUAAGGAUGGAGGUGCUGACAGACCGAUAGACAGUGCUGUUCUCUCUAGAAUGAAACAAUUCAGGGCAAUGAAUAAGCUGAUGAAGCUUGCUUUGAAGGUCAUUGCUGAAAAUCUUUCUGAAGAAGAAAUUAAAGGUCUUAAAGCAAUGUUCACGAACAUGGACACCGACAAGAGUGGAACCAUCACCUAUGAAGAGCUGAAGACAGGUCUGGCUCGACUUGGGUCAAAGCUCUCUGAAGCUGAAGUCAAGAACCUCAUGGAAGCUGCUGAUGUGGAUGGAAAUGGAAGUAUUGACUACAUUGAGUUUAUCUCUGCCACUAUGCAUAGAUAUAAGUUGGAAAGAGAAGAGCACCUGUACAAAGCAUUCCAGUACUUUGAUAAGGACAGCAGUGGGUAUAUAACAAGGGAUGAAUUAGAGUUGGCAAUGAAGGAGUACGGAAUGGGAGAUGAAUCCAGCAUUAAGGAAAUAAUUGCUGAGGUGGAUGCAGAUAAUGAUGGGAGGAUCAACUACGAAGAAUUCUGUGCAAUGAUGAGAAGUGGAACUCCGCAUGCACCGAGCCUCUAUUAAUUCUAAAGGUGAGAGCAGAGCUAUUACUUGAGAGUUUAUUAGAAACCAUAGCAAUCUCACUGAGAAUGCACUAAUACACUGUCCAAUAUGCCAUUUUGAAUCCAAAACCCUGAACUUUGAGCACAAGUUCGGAUUGCUCGGAUUUGCGUUGUAAUGUUUGUGCAUAUCUAGUAUCUUGUUUGUUCCA